AUGUCCUUAACAAACUGCCGGUUCUACGAGGACAAGUAUCCUGAGGUGGAUAGCUAUGUCAUGGUCAAUGUCAAGCAGAUUGCCGAGAUGGGCGCAUACGUGAAGCUUCUCGAAUACGAUAACAUCGACGGAAUGAUCCUGCUGUCCGAACUUUCCCGCAGACGUAUUCGCAGUAUCCAAAAGCUCAUCCGUAUCGGACGUAACGAGGUUGUCAUUGUCCUCCGUGUCGACAAGGAGAAGGGAUAUAUCGAUCUUUCUAAGCGCCGUGUCUCUCCCGAGGAUGUGAUCAAGUGUGAGGAGCGAUACAACAAGAGCAAGGCCGUGCACUCCAUCAUGCGCCACGUCGCCGAGGCCACCCAAACCCCUCUGGAGACUCUCUACCAGCAAAUCGCAUGGCCCUUGAACCGCAAAUACGGCCACUCCCACGAUGCCUUCAAGCUCUCCAUCACUAACCCCGAUGUCUGGAAUGACACCGAGUUCCACAGCGACGCCGUGAAGAACGAGCUUAAGCUUUACAUCAGCAAGAAGCUCACUCCCCACCCCACCAAGGUCCGUGCCGAUGUCGAGGUCACUUGCUUCGGCUACGAUGGAAUCGACGCCGUCAAGACCGCCCUGCGCACCGCCGAGGCCGACAACACCGCCGAGAACCAGAUCAAGGUCAGACUUGUGGCUCCUCCCCUCUAUGUCCUCACCAGCCAAUGUCUGGACAAGACUGUCGGUAUCCAGAUGCUGGAGUCCGCGAUUGAGAAGAUUGGUGCGAACAUCAAGGCUGCCGGCGGUAACUGCUCCAUCAAGAUGGCCCCCAAGGCUGUCACCGAGCACGAUGAUGCGGUUCUUGCUGAACUCAUGGAGAAACGCGAGCGGGAGAACCAGGAGGUUAGCGGUGAUGAGGACUCCGAGAGCGGCGAUGACGAGUAA